AUGCAAUAAGUGGCUCCAGAAGUGCAAACUAUUUUUGAUGAAUUGCUCAAACCAGUAUUGGAGAGGAUUGAAGUUUUGAAAGAAAAAGAUCAAUCAAAUGAGUUAUAGAUCAAAAAUCUAUUUGACCAAAUGAGUGAAUUGAAAACAUUAAUAGGAAAUCUAAAACCAAUAAAAGUGGAAGAAGAAAAGAGUAAUAUUAAAUAGUAUGUAAUAGAAAUUGUCAAAUAAGAGCCAAAAAUGGACAAUCAUUAAAAUAAUGGUAUUUGAAAUUAAUAUAUUCCCACCACAUAAUUAGAUGUUAAAAAGGUUGAACGUCCAUCUACUGCUGCAAUUUAAAAAAACCCAGCACCAGUAAAAGUAAAAGAUCCCAAGCCUGUUAAUGCCCCUAAACCUUUAAGUCAAAGUACGAUUGUCGAAAAGACAACAACACCUGUUGAUAUCGAAAAAAGUAUUUCAACUUAAAUCAUCAUUUUUAUAGACUAACCCAAAUCACCGAAAGAAGGAAAUCAAAAUAAAACCAAAUAGUAAUAGUAACCAUAACAACAACCACCAUAACCUAAGCCAAAACCUGUGGUUUAACCAUAAUAAAAAUAAUAACAAAUCAAAGAAACUAAAGAAACAAAGGAAACUAAAGAAUAAGCAAUCAAAUAGCCAACAUAAUAGAAAGAGGAAAAAAAGGCUGAAAAAUAACCAGUCAAACCAAAAACUGCUUAGCCAGCACAACCUGUUUAACCAGAAAAAAAAGAAGAUAAAAAGGAUACGAAGAAAACAGAUAACAAGGCUGCUGCCCAUAAAUAGAAUGUAAAACAACCUGAAUAGAAAACAACAGAUAAAAAGUCUGAUGAUAAGAAGAUUGUGAAAAAAGGGAAGUAAUCAGAGGAUACUUAAAAUAAAACUGAAUAAUAACAAACAGAUGAAUAAUUUUAACAAUAAUAAUAAAAUCUAAUUAAGACUUAGAAUAAUAGUGAAUAGAAAUAAUAAGAUGAAUAACCAUAGUAAGAAUAAGUAGAAAAAAAGGAAUUCAUUGAAACAUAAACAGAAGCUCCUGAACUUUAGAAUAUUGAACCCAAGGAGUCUUCAGAAUAAUUAUAGCAAAAUUAGGAUUAAUUUGUUGAGAACCAACAAGUCUAAGAAAUUAAUAACAUUUUGCCAGAACAAAUUGAAAAUCAGUAAUAGGAAGUAGUUUGAUAUUAUAUGAAUAUGCA